AAAUGUGAGCAAACGGCGUAAGUCGCGCGACACCUUGUUGCUGGGACUGAACUAAAAUAAACACUGUCUUUUUUUUGCUCGUUUUUUGUCGCCUGUAUUUUGUUUUGUUUUUUAAUCAUAUUUCGGUGGAUCUGGGGCUUGGUUUCCCGAAUUGUAAAUGUUAAGCGGGAUUCAUAUCACUACGGGAUAAUCUUUAUGAAAACACCAAAACCGUGCGAAAUCUUUUAUGAUGUGUGAUUGAAUUUUUUUGGGGGAUCGAGCUGUGGAACGUCGUCAUUAUUUUAUUUGUCUGUGUGUGUGUGUGUGUUUUUUUAAAAAAAAACGUAACUAAGUCCAUACCGGUUUGUUGUUCCAGUUUUUGUUUUUAACGUGUUCCCUGCGUAGUUUUGUAUUUUGUUUGAAAAAUGGGUUCAAUGUUAAGCCGAAGAAUUGCUGGAGUUGAAGAUAUUGACAUCCAAGCAAAUUCUGCAUACAGGUAUCCUCCGAAAUCGGGAAACUAUUUUGCAAGUCAUUUCUUCAUGGGAGGGGAAAAGUUUGAUACUCCACACCCAGAGGGAUACCUGUUUGGAGAGAACACGGACCUGAAUUUCCUUGGGAACAGACCUGUGCAGUUUCCAUAUGUUACCCCAGCUCCCCAUGAACCAGUAAAGACAUUGAGGAGUUUAGUUAACAUUAGGAAAGACUCCCUUCGCCUGGUCAGGUACAAAGAUGAUUCAGACGGCCCCGAAGAAGAGAAUGGGAAGCCAAGAGUCCUGUACAGUGUGGAGUUCACCUUUGAUGCUGAUGCUCCCGUGGCAAUCAGCAUUUACUGCCAGGCCUCUGAGGAAUUCUCCAAUGGGAUGGCAGUAUACAACCCACGGAACCCUGCCCUGGUCUCUGAAACAGUAUAUUACAAAAGAGGGGUGAGCCAGCAGUUUUCACUGCCUUCUUUCAAAAUGGAUUUCUCCAAGUGGAAAGAGGAAGAGCUGAACUUUGACCUGGAAAAAGGCAUUUUCCCAGUGGUGAUCCGAGCUGUGGUUGAUGAAGGUGAUGAGAUCACAGGACAUGCACAUGUUCUUUUGGCAGCCUUUGAAAAACACGUUGACGGCAGUUUUUCAGUGAAGCCUUUAAAACAGAAACAAAUUGUGGAUCGUGUGAGCUACCUGCUUCAGGAAAUCUAUGGAAUAGAAAACAAGAACAACCAGGAGACAAAGCCCUCAGAUGAUGAGAACAGUGACAACAGCAAUGAGUGUGUGGUGUGCCUGUCAGACCUGCGCGACACCCUGAUCCUGCCCUGUCGACACCUGUGUCUGUGUAACUCCUGUGCUGACACCCUGCGUUACCAGGCCAACAACUGUCCCAUCUGCAGAUUGCCUUUCCGUGCAUUGCUUCAGAUCCGGGCUGUCCGCAAGAAGCCUGGGGCUCUGUCUCCUGUAUCCUUCAGCCCUGUCCUAGCACAAACAGUGGACCAUGACGAGCAUUCGAGCUUAGACAAUAUCCCACCAGGCUUUGAACCUAUCUCUCUGCUCGAAGCCCUGAAUGGCCAGCGAUCAGUAUCUGCAGAAAUCCCCUCUGCCCCCUUGUAUGAAGAGAUCAACUUCUCUGGGGGUCUGGGGGAGUCUCUCCCCCUCUCCAGCAUGCCUCUGGGCACCGGCGACCGAGCCAUGGACAAGGGCAAGGUCAGCAAGUCACCGGACAGCACACUGCGCUCCCCCUCCUCCCCAAUCCAGGAAGACGAUGAAGAGAAGCUGUCUGCAGUUUCUGAUGCCCAGCCUCACCCUCUGAUACCGAGCAAUCCCACUUCACCAGAGACCACACCAGCAGAAGAUUCUGUCACACCGAACAGAGUUCAGAGAUCCCGGUCCAUGGUAGAUAUUCUCCAAGACAGCAGCAGUGAGCACAGUAGCCUGACUAAGACCGACAGUGACCCGCCAGUGGAGAUCUCCCUGCCAGGAUCCUCCGAGUCGACCGAGAGCCUGAAAAGUCAGAGCACAAACAGUUCAAGCCAGCCUCUCCUCUCCCACCUGAGCAGCCUCCAUACCGAGGACGAGCAGCAUGCUUCAUAAACACGGCACAAACUUUCCUUUCCAAGCCACCUCCAGCAAGACACUGUGUUUUAUGACGACGACGCAGAACACUAAUCAGAAUGAGUACAAAUAUGCGCAACAGCCUUUCAAAGGGUAUUUUUAGUUACUACAUUGUUGAUGCAACAAUGCUGUCUUCAUUUUACAUCAAAUUUGUUUUCAAGAUAAUUGAGUUAUUUAAAAAAAAAUGGAAAUGUAACCUUUUUUCUUUCUUUGCUGUGCCAUUUUCGCACAAAAACUUGUGCUUUUUUAGCUAGAGGGCAAUCAUAGUUUAUUGCUUGAAACAGGUGUAAAUAGUGUAAGCAGUAAUGUAGGUGGUACUUAUAAUUGACAAAGAUCUCAGAAAAAAAAAAAAAUAUAUAUAUAUAUAUCUCCCAAAUUAAUUCAUAAACAUUUUGAUUGAUUGAAAUUAGAUUUUUUUUGCCACAGUUGAAAUGCAAAAAGCCUUUAUACUUGUAAUGCCCAGAAGAUUAUAUUAAUUUGUGAUUUGCAUUUUAGAUUUUAGAUGGCAAAAUCACCACAUAUGUGUUUGACUGACUGAUUUAAUUAACUAAAUGCACAAUCUUAUGAUUAUUGCUUUAGUGUUAUAAUUCUGAUACUUCUGAAAGCAACCCUACUUGAUUACUUUUAUUUUACUAUGUCUGAUUUAUACAAAUGAACACUGAAUUUAAAAAAAAAUUACUGUUUUAAACUACAGUGUUAGAUUAACCAUUUUCUCAACUGACAGACAUUUUGUUUAUCCACUUCACAAAUAAUGUUUUCAAAGGUAUACCUUUAGUGAAAUGUACAGGUUGCUGGAAGUGCAUCAGCAGAAACGCUAGCUUUUUCCAGACUCUAUAAAUUAUGUACUGUAUUAUAAAUAAUAGCUAUCUGAGACUAGUCAUCACCCCCCUCCUGCCACCUCACUAGGGUCCUUACCGCUGCUUGAAAUGGGGCGGUACUCACCGGUACGGACUACCGCUACUUCUCAAUUUAAAACAUUGGAGUAGCACUUUGGCGCUUAUCGCUGACUAUCUGCCCGUUGUCAUUUCCAAGCUGUCAGCUGCAAUUAUGUGACUUUCUAGUUCUUACUUUGUUGUCCCAGCAGCAGCUGCAAGGUUUACUUCACAGCAGAGCAUAGACUACAACUCCCAGAGUGCAUUACAAAACAACAGCAACUCCCAGAGUGUAUUGCAAAAUUUAGCGGGGGAAUUUAUUUUGAAUGGUCCAGGUCAAGUUGCGAUUAGACACAGUACUGAUUAGAUGAGCUGCACAGGGAAAGAAAGACAGAUAGAGGUGGGCCACUUUUUUCUCAUUUCAAGCACUGAUCCUUACUGAACAGUGAUGUUGGCGCCUAGCAGGCAUAGCUUGUAUAACUGGCAUCUUGCAUGUGUGUGCCGCCUUUGUUAUAACAUGCCAGUCAUUUUGUGUUAUAAAUGAGAUGGGCAACACUCAAUGCACAUUUCACAGCACGUUGUGUAGCUUUUGAACUGUACUUGGCCUUAGUUUUAUCAAAAGGUUGAGUUUAUUAAUUAUAAUUUUACUUUACGGACACCAAUUUAAGCAUUUCCAUAAAGGACACUUUAAACAUACCGCAUUUGAUAAGGUCAGAUCUAUUUAAUAAAUAAUAAAUACACUAUUCUGCCAAUCUGUAUUUGGUAUAUUUUUAUGUUUGGGUGUCCUCUGUGUGUGUGUUUUUUAAUUUUUUAAUUUUAUUUUUGUGUUCAGAUAAACUAAGAUUUCUUUUCGUAGAAGUGGUUACCGCACCUUCACUUACGUAUAUCUAAGGGAAAUGUAAUAUUAUAUUAUUGAUGUGGCUUUACUUUGUGGCACUUCUGAAUUUAUGCUAGAAAUAACAAUGUUGAUUCCUCCCACGUAAAUCAUUAUUUUGAUGGCCCAAGUAACGUAUCCUCAAGAUUGUGUAGCCAUUUUUGUAUGCCGCAUUCCUGCACAAUUUCAAGCAUUGGAUGAUAAAGUAAAUGUGCACUUUUUGGAAUCCUGGACGAUACACUUGCUGGUAAAAAGCAGAACUGCUAGGGGACCAUGUAGCUGAUGCUUGUCUCCAUCCAAUCAGAUGGUAGAUUUAGAAACCCUCCAGAGUUCCAACCCACAGAUUAAUGCUUGCCUCUUAAAGUAUCCUGACUUUUUAAUUCUCCCUGUGUAUUUUUGCAGUCAAAUUUACUAAAAUAACAUUUUAGGAAAUUAAAACUAUAGAAAAACACAUGCUGUGAAAGCAGUGUAUCAAAACCAAUGUUUAUUUUUUUGUACAGUGUUUGAGUUGUCUGAACAGGUGUGAGUUACCUUUUAAAAAUUGGAUUUGUGAUUGUGUCAGAACUGUUAACCUGCUUACUGUUACGCAACUUAUUUCCCAGGACAGCAGGAGUGUCUCUUAGUUAACAAAUUUGUUUUACUCAGCCACAAACAAUCAGAGCGAGCUGCACUUGUAAUUCCCUUGUAAAGUGCACUAUUCGAGAAACCAUGCUCCAAUGUGCUCUGCCUGGAACUGCCACUACAUCAAAAGAAGUAGCAGCAAGCUUUGAUGAGUCUGUAACAUGAGAGGCAGGUGAUAGACAAGAUUGCAGAGUCGUCGUCCCACCCCCCCCCCCCUUUUUCCAUUUUGAAUAAGCACAUAUCUGGAAAAUGCUGUUCACCGCUUUACAGCGCUACAGUACCAAUUAAACACAACAGUUCUGUCUUUAAGUAACUUUAUUUAAAAUAUGUAUAAGGAAACCAGGUUUCUGAUAGAAAGCCUAUCGCACAUCCAGUGCCAGACGCACAUUUAUAUUCAUAUCUCUGAACUGAAAUUAUCAGCUGUCCAGAAUUUAGCUUCCAAAUCUGAUUUUUACUUGCACAUGGAUUUUUGUUUUCAGAACCAUGUCCCAUAUUAUGAAUAAUUAUCAUGUGAAAAUACCAGACAUUUACCAACGUAGGGGUAAAUGUGCAUGUUAUUAUAAUUCAACAUAGUGAUGCUGUGCCUUGUUCUCAAUAUAACAAUCCACCUAUAAAUAUUGUAGCAUUGUAUUCAGUGAUUGUGCUUCAGCUACAUUUGUAUGUCUGGACAGUGAAGCAGUUCUAUUUUAUAAAUAUGAUGUACAUAUUUGUAGUGACUUUGAGAAGACAGGCUUUUGACAAAGAGGGCAGAAAACCUUAAAUGAAUUAAAUAUUUAAAUGUGAGCUUUAAUUGGCUGAUUGGGUUAUGUAUUCUUUGUAAAACCUUUAUCUGGUUAUUUCCUUAUUAUUGCUGAUAUCAAUUAAUUCAUGUAUGAUUGUUCAUCACUAAAGGUUGUUUUUCCUUAUUACUAUGGCUUGUUUUUUUAAGUUUCUACAAGUAUGGUAAUAAAUGAAUAUAAAGCAGUA